AUGGAGGUUGUCUUGGCCAGCAGGGUGGUAACUGAAAGUAUUGCGUUUCUAUCCACUGGUCUCACAGCAUCUGCAACACAGAUUGCAGAAACAAACAACGAAGAAGCAUCUCGAAAUUGGGUCCUUGUCGCGGCACCCGGGCACGCUGUUCCUUCUGUCACUUCGAAUUCGAAGAGGGAACGAAAAGAGAGAUCUCCCAUUUUGUCCUAA